UUUUUCCAAGCGACCGGAACGAUGGCGGACAUCCAGACCGAGCGCGCCUACCAGAAGCAGCCCACCAUCUUCCAGAACAAAAAGAGAGUGCUGUUGGGUGAAACCGGCAAAGAAAAGCUCCCACGUUACUACAAGAACAUCGGUCUGGGCUUCAAGACGCCCAAGGAGGCCAUCGAGGGCACCUACAUUGAUAAGAAAUGUCCUUUCACUGGUAACGUCUCCAUCCGAGGACGAAUUCUGUCUGGUGUGGUAACAAAGAUGAAGAUGCAGAGGACCAUUGUUAUCCGCCGAGAUUAUCUCCACUACAUCCGCAAGUACAAUCGCUUCGAGAAGCGUCACAAGAACAUGUCCGUGCACCUGUCUCCCUGCUUCAGAGAUGUCCAGAUCGGAGACAUUGUCACCGUGGGCGAGUGCCGGCCACUGAGCAAGACUGUGCGCUUCAACGUGCUCAAGGUCACCAAGGCCGCAGGCACCAAGAAGCAGUUCCAGAAGUUCUGAGCCGGACACCACCCUGAAUGAAAUAAAGCUAUUUUUUUUUUCC